AUGCAGAGGUGGUUUUACGAACGUCGAAGCAAUGCAACCGCAUGCAGUACUAUAUUAUCGUCGAGGAUGGAGAACGAGUUACAAACAACAUUUGAAGUUGGUACUAGGCUUCGAGCCCAUGAGUUGACAAACAGCUUGACCCAGGUUGGAAUAUCCAACAAUAUGGAGAUAGUGGACUUCUUCGAUAACACGUGCACAUGUCGUGAGUUUCAACUAAAUCGUAUGCCAUGUGCUCAUGCAACUCGUGGUGCUACCCUGAGUGGUAAGUCAUUAUACGAUCUAUGCUCUCCGUACUAUACAUCGGAAUACUGGAGGGGUGCCUCUAUGGAAGUCAUAUAUCCCGUUACACGGGAAGUGGAUUGGGUUGUUCCAAAUGAAAUCCUAGGCACUCAUAUUUUGCCACCGACUGUACGUCGUCCUCCAGUUGGGAACAAUAGCGGCUUGAAAACCUACACUACUGCGGUUACCUAUUAUGGAGAUGCAGUUUCUGCACGUAUCCAGAGAACGUGA